GAUCGUGAAUGCAUUAUUAAAUCAAAGCCUACUGAACCUGUGUUGGCUGAGGUGUCUGCCCAAAUAAUAAAUGAUCCAAAUGUUGACCUCUCAGAACUUACUAAUCAACUCUCUUCAGCACUUAGGAAAAGAAUAGUAGAGGCUGGCUAUCGUGGAGAGCUUACUGCCAGAAUAUUGAUUCUUAAAGCCUGGGAUGAUUGA